GCACAGCCAGACGAGCAACACACACGGAGAAAACCAUGAGUAUGUACGGUUCCAAUCCCAAACUGCACACCAUGGGCCAGAGGAGCAACUCCCGGCCGGAUCUGUCGCCUUAUCGACAAGAAAUGUUCGGUGGAAACGGCUUCCAUGGAGAUUACGCAGCGGAAGGCGGUUACGCACACCAGUCCUUCUCCAGGCACACCGUGCACGGCGGCGGCGGCGGGACCAUGAAGGUGCCGGUCACGAUGUCUAUGGGGGGAAGUCCUGGAGCCAGUUCACAAAUGCUUCAACAGAGAUGUAUCUUACUGGAAGGCCAAUGCAUGGACUAUUUGGAGAAAGCUCGGAUGUUAUCCGGGAGUGGGGGUUCCACCGCUGAGGCCAAUAGGUGUUUGGAGCUGGCUGUAGAAUGCAUGAGGCACCUCAGCGGCUGCUCCAGAGAUCUGCAACAAAUGGGCAUUCAGCACGAUUAUUUCCGACGUUUGGAGUACUUCCAGAGCAUGCACAGUUCUUUGCAGCAGAAAAUUUACAGCAGUGGCACCAUGAAAGUGAACAGAGGCAGUGUGGGUAGUGACGGGGCGCGCUAUUUUCAGGAUGCCAUGGCCUGGAUCGCUCAACAGAAGCGCAUGAUCGAGACGGCUUCGUGGGGAGAAGACUCCCAGACCAUAGAGAACCAGAUUUCAUCCCACAACAAAUUUCACAGCUCCAUUCAGAGGAGCGAUGAAGUGAAUCGUGCCAAGGAUGAAGUCAUGGGUGACAAGAACCUCUCCUUCAUACUGGAACAAGAAUUUGACAGCCUGAAGAAAAUGUCUCACAAUCGGCUGGCUCAGCUGCGGGAUCUCCAAAACAUCAUCGAGGAGAUCUUCAAAGCCAUCAUGUGGGUGAACGAGAGGGAAGAGGAGGAGCUUGUGUUCGACUGGGGAGACAAGAACAUCGACCAGUACAUCCCCAAGAAGCAGGAGAGCUACUCUAAGCUGAUGAGGGAUCUGGAAGAGAAAGAGAAAGAGCUGAAUAAGCUGAAAGUGAAAGCAGACACACUUUUGAACAACGGCCACCCGGCCUCAGAUAAGAUUGAGGCUUACAUGGACACCCUCCAGACCCAGUGGAGCUGGCUCCUGCAAAUUACAAAAUGCAUUGAUGUUCAUUUGAAAGAGAACUCUGCCUACAGCCAGUUUUUCAAGGAGGCCAAUGAGACGAAUGCAAAGCUGCAGAAGGAUCACGAGAUAAUUCGAAGCAAGUUCAUCUGUGACAAGAACACUCCACUGGAAACCCUCACCGAGCUCCUGAAAAACCUGGAGAAAGAGAAAGAACGAAUCAUGGAGAACAAGAGGCAGGUCCAGAGUCUGGUCAGCAAGUCCAAGUCCAUAGUCAGGCUGAAACCAAGAAACCCUGAGGAGAAAAGCAACGGCUCCAUCAUGAUCCAGGCCUUGUGUGACUUCAAACAGGAUCAGAAAGGGAUUCUGAAAGGGAAUGAAGGCAUCCUCAAGGACAACUCGCAGCGCAGCAAGUGGCUUGUGACGGGACCGGGAGGUCUGGACAUGAUGAUCCCUUCAGUCUGUCUCCUCAUCCCGCCACCAAACCCGCUCAGCGUCAGCCUCGCCAAGAAAAACGAGCAGUACUACGAUGCCAUCAUGAGCAUUUGGAGUCAGCUCAACAUCAACAUCAAGAGCCUCAUCUCUUGGCAGUACUGCCUUAAAGACAUCAGCUACAUCAACUCCUUCACCCUCACGAUGUUGUCAAAGAUGCGUCCCGAGGAGUAUCGUAGUGUCAUCAAAAGACUGGAAACGACAUACCAGGAGUUUUUACGUACCAGCCAAGGUUCUGAGAUGUUCAAGGAAGAAGACAAGAAAACUCUGCAGGGUCACUUUGACAAAGCUCAGCAACACUAUGACACACUGCUGGUCCAGCUGCCCUCCUACCAAGAGAGCGAAGUGAAGAUUCAAUCCACAAAGCAAGAGGGCAUCAAGGGGACUCAAGAUACCACAACCAAAGUCAAGACCCCGCCCCCUCCCGCCACCAUCAACCUCGCCCUGCUCAGCAGCCUGCAGGAGCUUCGCCAACGCCUUGAAAUGACCGAAUCCGGUCUCACCGGCCAUCUCCACGUCCCCGUGGGGGACAACAGUCUGCAUCAGUGCUCCGUGCACAUUCAGAAACUGAAGGAUGGGCACCAAGAUCUGGAGUCCAUUCAUGAUGAGUACCUGCGUCUGAGGGAGUUGAUCUCAAAGCAGCUGAAGGGGUUACCUGCAGACUCUGAUCAGGCCAAGUUCCUGCGUUCUGAACUUGGAAUCAUCAACCAGAAAAUUGGAAUCCUUCAGAGUCUCUACCCCAUCUAUUUCCAGAGACUGUCUGCCAUGAAGGCCUUACUCCAAAGCCUCCUUCAGGCUGAAGAUACCAUCAAAGCUCAUGAGGCUCGGCUGACGGAGAAGGAGACCAGCUCUCUAGACAUGCGAGAACUGGAAAACCAGCGUAGUACACUGAAGCACAUGAGGAACGAUCUGGAGCAAAAACGGGGCCUGCUGACCGCCAUGGACUCGGACCUGGCUAAAGCGAUGCACUGCAAUAACCAGAUCGGCGAGUCCUUCCACAGGUGUGACGUCGACCUGUCCAAGUUCUCCGAUCAGGUGAACCAGAUGGGCGAUCGCUGGCGCCGAAUCCAGAAGCAGAUCGACAGCCGGAUGUGGGACUUAGACAAACAGGAGAAGCAGUUGAUCCAAUACCAGCAGAGCAGCUCAUCCCUGGAGCAGUGGAUGGACAAUGCCAGGAAACGUCAGGAUGCGCUCCAGCUGGUGAAGCUCAAUGACAUCCAAACACUGAUGAGUCACCUCAACCAGCAAAAGGCCCUUCACAAUGAAAUUAAAGCCAAGAAGGAAAAAGUGGAGGAUGUGCAGAAAAGUGCGGACACCUGCGCCGCCUCCAUAAAGGACUACGAACUGCAGCUUGCAUCCUACAGUUCAGGACUGGAAACUCUGCUGAAUGUUCCCAUCAAGAGAACGAUGCUGCAGUCUCCUGCUUCUGUAGUCAGACAAGAGGCUGCAGACCACCAGACUCAUUACAUCGAGCUCCUUACCCGCUCCACUGAUUACUACAAAUACCUUGGAGAGUUGAUGAAGAACAUGGAGGAGAUGAAGUUAAGGAACACAAGGAUUGAGUUGUUGGAGGAGGAACUGAGACGUCUAAAGGAGGACCUCCAGGACCGCAAUGAGAGAAACAAGUCGCUGGAAGACGCUUUAGCCCGCUACAAGCUGGAGCUCACGCAAUCAAAAGACGAACUUUGUUCAAUUGAGGAAGUGAAGAGAACCACAGCGAUGCAAGUCAACGCUGCCAAGGAGAGCCUGGACAGCACACAGUGUCAGAUUCAGGAUCUGAACGAGCAGCUGACGCGCAUUAGAUACCAGCUGGACGAAGAGAAGAGGAAGAGAAGACUGGCUGAAGAGCGUUACACCAGCCAGCAAGAAGAGUACGAGGCAGCUGUUCGCCGCAGACAGAAGGAGCUGGAAGAACUCAAUUGGCUUAAGAUUGAUUUGGAGAAGUCAGUGAAGGACAAGGAACGUGAAUUGGAGAGGUUGAAGAUACAGCUAGACGAUGAGGCAGCCCGUCGAAGAAAUGCAGAAUCAGAAAUCUCAAAGGUAAGAACACAGUGCACCCAGGAGAUUAACCAACUUAAGCAGAGACACGAGACAGAGAUCCACGUUACCAAGACCACUAUUCUGAAAACCACACAACAAAAAGAGGAAAGCGCUGCAGAGUUGAGGCUGCAAAUUGACAGGCUGUCUGCAGAGAAGAGAGAUCUGGAGGAGGAGUUGAGGAGACUGAAGGAAUCAGUCACUCAUGCAGAGGACCAGAGAAGCAAGGCAGUGCAGGAGAUCAACCAGCAGAGGGCGUCAGUGACUCAGGAGAAAAGACUUCGCAGUGAGCUGGACUUGCAGCUGAGAACAGUCAUGCAACAGAGAGAAGAAGAGGAGCUCAAAUUGAAAGAGGCCAACAAAAGCAACCAGGAGAAGUCCAGACAAAUCAGCACACUAACCUUUCAGUUGGAUGAUGAAAAGAAGAAGACAAGAGCUCUGGAAUUAGAAAUCAAUCGUCUUAAACAAGUUGAAUCAGAGCUGAAGGCAAAGAACUCAUCUUACCUGGAGGCAAUAAACAAGCUGAAAGUGACGGAGCAGGAAAUACGAAUCACCAAAGUGGAGCUGGAAAAGCAGACGAGUGAGAAAAGCAAGGCUGAGCAGAGCACUGCCCGGCUGCAAAGCCGCAUUCGAGAGCUUCAAUGCUCUUUGGAAGGUCUGGAAGCUGAGUUAGAAAGACAAAAGAAAACGGCCCAGGAGGAGUUCACUCGCAGGAAGCGAAUCGAGGCUGAACUGGAGAGGAUGACACACACCUGCAGAGAGCACACCACCACAAUUACUUCACUGAAAUCGAUUCAAAUCGAGGCAACAACCUCUGGGAGAAAAUAUGAACAGGACCUCAGGGCUCUCCAGGAGGCCCUGGACAAGAGCCUCAGAGACCACAGAACCACCAAAGAGGAACUGGCAACCAUGACGGAGGAGUUUAAGAAACUAAAACAGAAGCUCCAGCAGGAAGUGGUCCGAAACCACGAGCUAAAUCAACGCAAUGAAACCCUGUAUAAGACCAUUGAGGAGAAGAGCCGCCAACUUAACGAAAACACCACAGAAAUCGAAAGGCUCAAGACUCUGACGCAGAACCUGACAAAAGAGAGACUCAAGCUGGAGGAGGAGUUGAGGGCGGUAAGACAAGAAAGAGACGAUCUGAAGGGCAGCAGAGACGCUAUUGACGGAGAGACGGCCUCUCAGAUCUCUGCCCUGCAUGUCCAGCUGCAAAGUAGCACCAAGAGGACAACAGAGCUCCAGGUUCUCAUCAGUGAUCUGACCAAGGAGAGAGAAAAGCUUAAAACGGAAAUAGACAAAUUCCAAAAGCAGUCGAUCGAGACAUCCAUGAUGGUGCACAUGUCCCAAAGCCAAUAUAAUGAGCUGCUGCUGGAGAAGGAUAGCUUGCUGGCCAAACUUAAAUUACUGGAGCAGGACAAGAACCGCCACAAGCAACUGGAAGAGGAGCUGGCCACCAUUAGGCGCUCUCUAGAGAUGGAGAUUCGCAACAAGAAGCGGCUGGAGGAUGAGAAAAACAGCAUCUUUUCCGAGUUCAAUAAUAUGAAGAUUCAGUUUGAACAAAAAAACACUCAGGUCAGGCAGUGCGAGACAGACAGGGAGAAGGUCGAUCGAGAGAGGCUUUCCCUAAAAACCGAAAUCGAGAGGCUCAGACACGAGCUCAAGUGUCUUGAGGAGAAGUACAGGAGCAAACUCAUGAUCUCUGAAAAGGAGGCAUCGGAACUGGCUCAGAAGAUAAAGUCCCUUCAGAUAGAGAUCCAGAGGUUACAGCAGAGACCCUCCACUCUGUGUAGGCAGACCCAGACUGACGAGAAAGUCACUACAAUCGAUCCAUCUAAGCUCGUUUUUGACGGUGUGCGCCGCAAAGUCACAGCUCACCAGCUUUGUGACUGUGGCAUAAUCAGCAAAGCUACCCUUGACGAGCUCCUGAAAGGGAGAAAGACGGUGGAGGAAGUGGCUGCAGACAUCCAGCUUAGUCUGAAGGGUUCUGGUGUUAUUGCUGGAAUGACCACAGGCUCACAAGGAAAAGUGUCUUUCACCGAAGCCAAACACAAGAAUCUCCUUAGCCCUGAAUGCGCUCUAAAGCUCCUUGAAGCUCAAGCAGCAACAGGGUACAUUGUGGACCCUGCAUUUAACAUGACAAUGACAGUGGAUACUGCCUGUUCCAGAGGGCUUGUAGACACAGAAGACAGAGACACCUUGGUGACUGCUGAGGCAGCAAGUACAGGCUUUAAAGAUCCAUACACUGGCAAAAUAAUGUCUGUGGGACAGGCUUACAAACAAGGCCACGUUGACAAGACCACAACUGUUCGUUUGCUUCAGGCUCAGGAGUCUGUGGGUGGUAUCCUGGACCCUGUGCUGAGUGUGUUUCUCCCAAAAGAUCUGGCCUUGGAUCGCAAUCUUAUUGAUGAAGACCUCUACAGAUGCUUGAAUAAAAACCCCACCAGUUAUCUGGAUCCAGGUACAGAUGAGAAAGUAUCUUAUGGUGACCUUAGAAAGAAGUGUACUUGUGAACCUGUGUCCGGCCUGCUCCUGCUGCGCGGUAAAGAAAAGUGCAUAAAAGUGAAAGGCAUCCGAGGGGAGGUGUCCGUGUCAGAGCUAGUCAAAGCUGAGCUGCUUGAUGAAACUGACAUGAAAAAGCUAAACCAGGGGCAACUCUCUAGCAAAGACAUUGAAGAGAAGCUCAAGUCCUAUCUGCAUGGCUCCACAUGCAUUGCUGGGAUCUAUGAUGAGGCUAAUGACAGAUUAAUGCCCAUCUAUAUGGCAAUGAAGGAAGGUCUGCUCAUGAGAGGAACCACUUUGGAGCUCCUUGAAGCCCAAGCUGCAUCAGGAUUCAUUGUUGAUCCUAUUAACAAUGUCUUUUUGACAGUGGACGAGGCUGCAAAAAGAGGUCUCAUAGGGAAGGAGUUUAAAAAUAAGCUGUUGUCUGCAGAGAAGGCAGUGACAGGAUAUAAAGACCCUGCUACAGGAGAAACCGUCUCCCUCUUCCAAGCCAUUGAGAAAGGCCUUAUUGAGGAAGGUCAUGGAAUUCGGCUUCUUGAAGCUCAGAUUGCCAGCGGUGGGAUUAUUGACCCUCUAGAGAGCCACCGUAUUGAAGUCUCUGUUGCCUACAAAAGGGGCUACUUUAAUGAAAAAAUGAAUGAGAUCUUAAGCUACGAUGGAGAUGACACAAAAGGGUUCUUUGAUCCUAAUACCAAGGAGAACUUAACUUAUCUACAACUGAAGGAGAGAUGUAUCACAGACCCCAAAACAGGUCUAAUUCUCCUGCCAAUCAAAGACAAAAAUAAGCCCCAAACUUCCCAGGAAGGGCGCACCAAUAUUCUUCGCAAGAGGCGAAUUGUAAUUGUUGAUCCAGACGCCGGGUUAGAGAUGACAGUCAGAGAGGCCUAUCACAAGGACCUGAUUGACUAUGAAACUUUUCUGGACUUGUCAGAGCAGGAGAGUGAGUGGGAAGAAAUUACGAUCAAGGGAUCAGAUGGCUCUGCACGAUUGGUGAUUGUGGAUAGAAAAACAGGAGCCCAGUAUGAUAUUCAAGACUGCUUAGACCAAGGUGUCAUUGACAAAGGGUUCUUGGAUCGGUAUCGCAGUGGAGAACUUGGCCUCACCCAACUUGGUGAGCGGAUUGCCAGUAGAACCAGUAACCCUGGAAUGACCAUUGCAACCAGCAGUGUUGAUGAUGUGGUCACCUGCAGCAGUCCUACCCAGGUCAGACCAUCAUCUCCCACUGUCCGUAAACGCUUCAACAGCAUAUCCAUCACAGUCUCUCCCCCAGAGUUGUUUGAUGACCACAGUCCUGUUGGAGCCAUUUUUGACACAGAAACCUUAGAAAAGAUCACCAUUCCUGAAGCCCUCAGAAGAGGAAUAGUUGACACUCUCACAGCACAGAGGUUGCUGGAGGCCCAGGCUUGCACAGGUGGCAUCAUCAAUCCUGCCACUGGAGACAGAUUGUCACUUGAAGACGCCGUCCACCAAAGCAUCAUUGAUGGAAGCAUGGCUAACAAGCUGAAAGCUGCACAGAAAGCCUAUAUUGGUUUUGAGGAUGUGAAGACCAAAAGAAGAAUGUCUGUGGCAGAAGCUGUAAAGGAGGCGUGGUUGCCAUACGAUGCUGGACAGAGAUUUUUAGAAUAUCAGUAUUUAACAGGAGGCCUGGUUGAUCCCAGCACCAGACAUCGCAUCACCAUUGAGGAGGCUAUUCGUAGAGGUUGGCUGGAUGGGAUGGGGGCCCAGAAACUGCAAGACUACCGGAGCCACCAGAAGAACCUUACUUGUCCCAAAACUAAGCUGAAGAUCGCGUAUAAGGAAGCCAUGGACAACUGCAUGGUGGAAGAAAGCAAUGGAAUGAAGAUGCUGCAGGCCUCCUCCAUUUCUUCCAAGGGAAUCAGCAGCCCCUACAAUGUCUCCAACCCAGGCUCCCGGUCUGGAUCCAGGCCAGGCUCCAGAAGUGGGUCACGAAGAGGCAGUGUGGAUUACACCUCUUCUUACUCCUUCAACUUCUCUUCCAGCAGUACUUCCUACAGCUCCAAUGUUCACUCUUAAUUUGAAUAUCAAAGAGAAAAAUAACGUAGUUGCUAAUACUAAAUGCGAAAGUUUUACUAUUUUUGAUAGUUAGUUCUCCACAAAUGUUUUAUUGCUACAGUAGACGUUUGCAGACUUGAUUGUUGAUAUGCUUUACAGAUUAUUUUGAUUGUUAUGAAACUCCUGCUUCUGUUGAAAAAUCCUGACCAUUGUUCAUACUUUCAAUGUUAGAAAAUAGUUUUAUUGCAGCUUUUUGUUUUUGCAUUAAACGUUUUUUUAUUUUACUUUUUAGUUGUAAAUCAUUUAAACUCCAAACUCAAUAUCUCCAUAGCAACUGCCUUUAUUUUUAGUUGAAAGCAGUUUUUUUUAAAUAAACUUCAAGUAUUUUUAGCUUUUCUUCUAACUGGAAAUGCUUAUUUUGUGUGUUUGACAAAUGUUGUGUUUUGAUUAUUGAAAUGCUGCACCUUUUCAAAUGGUUUGUUCUGACUAAUUACAAAUAAAAGAAAAAUGUUACAAUCA